CGCUAUAGAAACAGCAGGUCUCUUCGUGCGCUCCGCUCAGUGAGCGACUGCAGCUGGAGGAGAGACAAUAACAGCGACGCGUGCACAGUAUCCUCAUUUGGACUUGCUAUGGACCAGCAGCACGAUUUAUUGAGUUCCUCGCCCAAUAGCCACACGGCUCACUACAACUCUAGCGAUACCAUGGCAACCUCCCUUUCUGGAAUGACCAUCAACGAUCAUCACCAUGGCAACCAGUUCCAUAAGGAGAAUGGAAUUGCGGUGGGGCUUGUGAGACCAGGGGACUGUCCAAUGAAAGAAAGCCCCCAAGAUUCAAGACAGGAAGAGAAAGAAGAUCAGUCCCAGCCUGCCGUGGAAGUGGCGAGCGCUGGAGGAACGGCACCCGCAGCUCAGUCCAAGACCAAUGGUGAUGCAGAGAAGAGGGCUAGCGGUAGACCUCAUGCUGCCGGUUCAAAGAUUCCUGCCAUGACUGCAGUUGCCAAAAAUGGAAAAGACUCUCCUAAGACCCCGGAGACCAGUGGGCACAGCAGCCCCGGCACUCCCAAAUCCCCUGCCAGCAAGGCUGCGGGUGGCAAGCCUCCAAGCACAGGAAAUGAAAUCAAGAAGGUCGCAGUGAUUCGCUCGACCCCUAAAUCUCCGAAGAACCGUUCACCCACAUCACUGUCGGCCGCUGCCCCCCUCCCUGAUCUGAAGAGCAUACGCUCCAAAGUCGGCUCCACUGACAACUUGAAGCACCAGCCCGGAGGCGGCCGGGUACAAAUUCUUGAUCAGAAGGUGGAUUUCAGUAAUGUUCAGUCUAAGUGUGGCUCCAAAGCCAACCUCAGGCAUGUACCAGGAGGUGGAAAUGUUCAAAUUCUUGAUCAGAAGUUGGACUUAACUACUGUGCAGUCUAGGUGUGGUUCCAAAGAUAAUAUCAAACAUGUACCCGGAGGUGGAAAAGUGCAAAUCCUCCACAAAAAGAUUGACCUGACCAAUGUGCAGUCAAAGUGUGGAUCGAAAGUCAACAUUCGCCACAAACCAGGUGGAGGAAACAUUGAGAUCAGGUCUGAGAAGCUUGAAUUCAGGGCUCAGUCAAAGGUGGGAUCUAUGGACAACAUUAAACACACACCUGGAGGAGGCAACAGGAGGAUUGAGUCGCAAAAACUGAUGUUCCGUGAGCAGGCCAAAGCGCGAACCGACCAUGGCGCAGAAAUCGUGUCUCUAGAGGAGUCACCACAUGGCCUGAGCACCGUCUCGUCUUCUGGCAGCAUCAACAUGGCAGACCCGCCACAGCUUUCCACCCUCGCUGACCAGGUGUCUGCAUCGCUGGCCCAGCAGGGCUUGUGAUUGGACCAUACCGCCACCAAACCACGCCCCCAAACCCCGCCCCCUCCAUCCACAUACCUGAUGGUAUUCUAACCUCUCUCUGAAAGUCAUUUUGUGGCCCAGAAAACAACGCCAAGUAACUUUAAGCAGUCACUGUUUGACUUUGUAAUACUUCUUAUUAUGUAUGAAUUUGCCUGUUCACUCGCCCUUCGCUUUAAGGCAGUGCCCACUGUGGGAAUUUAACAAUUGGAAAUUUCCUCCAACUGCCCUCCCUUGACUAUAUUUAGUAGUACAAAAUUACUUUCAUGUAUUUGUAUGGCUUUUAUUGACCAUUAUAUAUUUCCUUACGCAUACCGUUUUUUUGGUUACCACUGGAUUGAGGACAGUUCAUACCGAACCCAUUUUCACUUUCAGAGAGGAUUGUUCUCAUUUUUAAAUCAGGUUAAAUUUAGAUUGAGAUUAUGAAUAAGAUGCUUAGCAGUGCUUAAAAUGAAAAUUAGAGCAUGGUAUCUUGACUUUGAGAAAGAAAGAAACUUAAAGCCCCACAGUUCACUUUUGAAAUGAUUUGCAAGGCUUAUGUGAAGAAAGAAGGUGCAUAACAGCUUUGUGUAGAAAGGUGAAAGCUGUUUAGUUCUUUUCAAUCUCUCGUAUGUACUGUCGGAUCAGAGAUUACACUUCACGUCUAAAAUGACCAUGACAUUCAGAGUGCUUCAUAAGGAAAUGUUCCUUACAGUAUUAUUCUGUGGAUGAAUAUGGGAUGUUUAUGAUAUGAAAACACUUUUUUUGUGUGCCUACUGGCAGUCUUAAAAUGUAGAUUUGAAUUAUGUCAGUGAUUCAUUGAAAAUGCCUCUCCUUUUUUGUUUGCUUGUUCUUUAACUUGACAAUUAACAGAGCAUUGAAGUUGCAUUUUUAUUUUUUAACAUAAACAUAAAACAAAAUUAUCUUAAAAUUGCAGCUACGCGUUUUAACCAAGAUGGACGUCUGCUGUUUUGGACAGUUUGAAUGGUGAUACUACAAUGAGGUUCAAUUUGUUAGCUUUAGGUAUCAUGAAAUAACACAAAUAAUACUUUUACAGCAUAUUAAUCUCGAUAAAUGUUCAUUUCUACAUAUACUAAUGCAUUUUAACAUUUAUUUACUAACUAAUAAAUUGACCAGGAUUAAAAAAUUGCUGUAAAAAUUGCUUUUUUUUUUUUUUGUUUGGUUUAAAAUACAUUGACUAACGUUAUUGUAAAGUGUUAUUGUUUUAUUAAUGAUAGGCUACAUGUGAGAAAUCUGGACAUUAUUUGAAAUAUCUUGUGGAAAAACACAACCUAUGCACCUGUAAACUUUCUCCAUAAUACUGCCAACAGUUCCUCUCAUUCUCAACAUCCAGCUCUAGUUGAGAAAGAAUUUGAGAUUAAUUGCCAAACUGUUCUUCUUCAGGCACACACUGUAUUAUAAAUUUGCCUACUACAUUUACAAUAUUGAGUAUUGCAUUCUUCACGAAAAGCGUCACUCAAGCACAAGCAUGCUGUUAAACUUUGAUCUGACCACAUCAUCCGCUUCCACUUUAUAGCUGUAAAAUUUUAAGUCAAGGUAUUCUAUUUUACUGAAUGAUGAUGUAAUGACCUCAGCCAAUCAUAUGGCUUAAAUUCUUUCCCCAGCACUGCACUGUUUCGCAGAAUGUUUAAUAAACUUUGAACCACUUCACACUAUCUUUGCUCCUUGCAUGCAUUUCAUGUAAGCAGCCCGAGAUACUGCGUUGCCUCUUACACGCCUCCUUGCGUAUAUCCCGUAAUCGCUGAUGUGCUUAUUAGGAAUCUUUGUAGAUAGUAGUGAAAAAGAGCACUACUCAGACGGCAACCCCUGUUUCUUUGUGUUAGAGAUGGAGCCGUGUAUCUACCAUUAGAUAUUUAAUGUAUGUUUAUUGUAUGUUUAUGACUGUAUGUUUAUAUGAGGACUUGAAGAGAUUAAAAAAAAAAAAAAAGCAGUGAAGUUCAGAAACCAUGCCUGCAACAUUUAAUCUGCAUGCUGAGUUUUUACAUGGAUUGGCAACAUGUUUCUGAACGUUUUCUGACUAGGGUGUUUUUGGGAAGGUUGGGAGAGCUUGGAUAUGGGAUAAGCUGUUUGUUAUGGUUGUAAUGUUGUGUUGAGGGGGGAAGUGAGCGUUUAGCAGACAGGAAGAGGGAAAGAAAGUCAGUCGGUCCUUUGGUUUAAAUGUCUCCCUCUGUAGCACACCUGCAACAUGGUUCUGGGUGCCAUCCUGUUGUUAUUGACUCCAUACACCAUUUUUGCAGUUGUAAAUUUUAGCUUGGGAACUGUGGUUGUCAAUAUUGUUUGUGUUUUAUUAUUAACUGGUUUUCAAUGAUUCUUGUUGAUGUACACGUGAAUUUGGAAAUAAAGGAUAUUAACCAAU